AUGAGUGAUAACUCAACAUCCCAAGGAGAAAUUAAGUAUGUUGCCAUCUCCAGAGUUAAUGAUGCUUAAAUGCUACUCUUUAUUAAAUCUGCUAAUACAAAGAAUGCUUAUGCUGAUGAGUACAGAAAAGAAGUAUAGGAUAUAGUAAAUAAUCUAAGUUAAACACCAACUUAUGCUGAGCUAAGAGAGAAUUAAGACUCUCCAUACGGUAUCUGGUAUAUAUAUUGCGACUCUAAUCUCUUUGUAUAUACGGUGUUGACAGAUACUGACUUUAAGUAUUCAAAUGCAUUCACAUUCUUGAAGGAAUGCGCUAAAGAGGUUCAAGCUUCAAUUCCUAGACUAUAGCAUGAUAUUGAAAAUACUCCUAAUCUGAAUAUAUGCAGGGAUGCAAUAGCCAACCUUAUGGUGACACAUCAAGAUUAAAGGAAGAAUGAUAAAUUAGCUAAAGCCUAGGAUGUUGUUAGUUAAGCUACAAGAGCAAUGCAAGAAAAUGUUAAAAACAUGAUUAAUAAUUAAGGAACCUUUUCUGAAUUGGAGGAUAAAAGUAAUAACAUCAAAGACACUGCUUUUAAAAUGAAAAAUAAUGCCUAGGCUUUGGAGAGAGAAGCAAGAAAGAGAAAUUGCAGAUUAUGGGCUAUCAUUAUUUGUUUAAUUGUCUCUGCACUCAUCUAUAUUAUUGUUCCUCUAGCUACUUCUACUUGA